ACCCCGAGCUUCAAUGUUGUUUCGACUGGAUGUAAUGUUAUCCUCAAGAAUUUCAACAUUCUCUUUGAUACGAACAAAGAUAUUCGAAGGAAUUACUGCAGCGAUACGAAGAAGAAACCCCCGGUUAACUUACACGGUUCGAAAUCAUAUAAAGUUGGUGAAAAACGACGAUACUCGCCGUUUCAUUACAAGGGUCAGUCGAAGGCAGAAUGGGUGGUCGCUAGAAUUGAUGACAUACUUAACUGGGGCAGGAGAGGAUCCCUUUGGCCCCUUACUUUCGGCCUAGCCUGCUGCGCUUUAGAGAUGAUGCAUUAUGCUGGACCUAGAUAUGAUAUGGAUCGCUUCGGUAUGGUCUUCCGAGGUACGCCGCGUCAGACUGACGUUAUCAUCAUCGCCGGCACCGUCACCAACAAGAUGGCGCCGAUCCUACGUAAGACAUACGACCUGAUGCCUGAGCCCCGUUUCGUGGUAUCGAUGGGUAGUUGCGCAAACGGCGGUGGUUACUACCACUAUACGUAUUCGACUGUUCGUGGUGCUGAUAGGAUAAUCCCGGUCGAUAUAUAUGUGCCAGGUUGUCCGCCGACCGCUGAAGCGUUGCUGUACGGAAUGCUGCAACUGCAGAAGAAGGUGAAGCGGAUGCGUAUGUGUCAGACAUGGUAUCGACACUGA